GCGGCGCCAUUUUGCAGGAAGAGCGGCGAGGGAGGUAGGAGCCCGGCCGCCGACCCCAGCGCAGCGCCUGCCCCCUCCGCGGGGCUGCACCCGAGUGUGGCCGUGGGUCGGGCUGGCUGCACCGCGAAGGGCCCUUCGCCGGGCGUGAGCUGGGCCUGAGGGGCUGCUGUGCCGAGGCGAGGAAGAAUUUUAUUUAAAUAGAGAAACAACCCUCAGAAAUGGCCAAUGUGCUCUGUAACAGAGCAAGACUGGUGACCUAUCUACCAGGAUUUUACUCCUUGGUCAGAAGGGUUGUUAAUCCCAAGGCUUUUUCCACCGCAGGAUCUUCUGGCUCAGAUGAGCCUCAUGUUGCUGCUGCACCUCCUGAUAUAUGUCCAAGAACUGUGUGGCCAGAUGAAGUAAUGGGACCAUUUGGUCCUCAGGACCAGAGAUUCCAGCUCCCGGGUAAUAUAGGUUUUGAUUGUCACCUAAAUGGUACAGCUUCUCAGAAGAAAACACACGUUCAUAAAAGUUUGCCUGAUAUAUUAGUGGAGCCCUUAUCAAGUGAGAGACAUGAAUUUGUGAUGGCACAAUACAUAAAUGAGUUUCAGGGCACUGAUGUCCCUCCUAAACAGCAAAUAAAUAAUGCUGAAACAUACUUUGAAAAUGCUAAGAUAGAAUGUGCAAUACAAACUUGUCCAGAACUGUUACGAAAAGACUUUGAAUCAAUGUUUCCAGAGGUGACUGCCAAUAAUCUAACAGUACUAACCAUAACCCAGAAAACUAAAAAUGAUAUGACUGUAUGGAGUGAAGAAGUGGAAGAUGAGAGAGAAUUGUUAUUAGAAAACUUCAUUAAUGGUGCCAAGGAAAUUUGCUAUGCACUUUUGUCUGAAGGCUAUUGGGCUGACUUUAUUGAUCCAUCAUCAGGAUUGGCGUUUUUUGGGCCAUACACAAACAACACACUGUUUGAAACAGAUGAACGCUACCGCCAUUUAGGAUUCUGUGUUGAUGACCUUGGCUGCUGCAAAGUUAUUCGUCAUAAUCUCUGGGGUACCCAUGUGGUUGUAGGAAGUAUUUUCACAAGUGCUGAACCUGAAAGCCCUAUCAUGAAGAAAUUAAGUGGAAAAUAGCAACUGUCUUACACAGGUCAAAUAUUAACUUGUAUUUUUACUUGAUAAUUUGUCUAUAAACACUGUCAGAAAAUGCCAAGUUUUAGAGUAUGCUCACUUAUAAAUAAUAAAAUGACUGUUAUUUAUUUUA